AUGCGUGGUAUACCUCUUUCAAAUUCCAAGUUCACUCUCGAUGCCUCUGGAGUAGCAGGUUUUUUCGGUGGUGACGAAGCUGUUUCUGCGAUGGCAACCGUACAUGUGUAUCAAGGGAGAAAAUGGUUGGGAUGGUACAAUUCACCAGGAUCAUACCUUAUCGCCAAGAGGUAUGGCCAACUGGCCAACUCGCGUUUCUGGGACGGUUUAUUCCCGGGCGUCAACACCGACCCUGCCACGCUGUUCGAGCUGGAUGGUUGGAAGGGCCCAAAGUUCAAGGGUGUAGAGUCUGGGUCGAAUAUCCCCGAAACUGGUCACCUCGCUUCUUUGAUGGUAAAAGAAUGCCAGAUCAAGCAGGGCAUAGAUGUGCCAGGGAGAAAAACCCAACCGGUUGGAGUCACGAUCGUUGACCUCCACUACGUCCCUGAUGCAACAAUGACACCAAAGCAACUCACGAAGUACACCAGCGCUUUCGCUUUCAUCCCUAUGUCAGUAUCCUUCGGCACCUGCAUCGCGUGCGCUCUCUUCGGAGACUGGUACUCCUUCAGUAUGAUCCUGCUCGGAAUAGUUGCAAGCGGAAUAUCAUGUCUUGUCAUCGGAUCCGGACAAUUCACUUUCUCUCAUCCCGUCCCAGCCCCGGGAGCGCCACGAGGUGAUGGAUUGCUCCUCACGGAUAACAAUGUCAUCGUCCUACAUGGCGAAGAGGGCGCUGUCAAUUCCAUUACCCGUGGGAGAUUCUCUCUGAACUUCGGUAGUGAACCAGAAUACAGAAACAUCGGCAUAUGCUCGUUGAUCCUCACGACGCAAUUCAUCGCACAGCUGUUGCUCAUACCCCAGGCCGGGCUCUUCGGGCAGAUCAUGUUCGUAGCCUCGCUCGCAGUCUCCUGGGCAUACAACUCGUGGUUGUCCUCGUUGGAUAAGGCAGAGAUCCAGAGGAGGUUGCUACUGGAUGUGGUCCUCAAGCGGCCGUUGAUGACGAAAUAUAUGUUGGGCACGCGCACUACCAUGGCAGUCUUCGUUUUGCUGGCGUUGAAUCCGUCAGACCCGGCAAAGGUACUUGAUGAUCUUCUCCCAAAUGAUACCAAAGUGUGGAGGAGGUGGAAAUCGAUUAUUCUGUCAAGGCUACAGGCUGGCGAGAAAAUGCAUUUUCAAUCGGCCGAAUGGGACGAUGGAAAUUUCAACGGGAGUGAGAGCACACUUCUGAAGACCCUCUUAGGGGACGCCCAGGCUGCCUAUGAUGGAUAUUCCGACCACCAGAAAUUGCAUUAG